GCUCGGUGGAGACGACGCCGUCGCCGCCACCAUAUUGAGGGGGAUCGCGGGCGAGAGAAGUGGCAGCGGGGCCGAGCAGCGCCACGACCAACAAACUAAAACCCUCUCCUGAUACACCAAUAUAAUCGCAGUACUCACAUACAUACACUCACAUAUCUCACCAGCAAAGAUGAGCGAUAUCGACGAAGCAGCCUACGAGGGGAGGGAGUCCCGUUCGCCGUCGAAAUCUCCAAGUGGAAGCGCUGGCCGUGCAAAAUCAGAAAGUCGGUCUGGAUCCCGCAGUCCAUCUAGAGCCUCGAAGCGCUCAGAAUCACGAUCACGAUCAAGAUCCAAGUCUAGAUCUCACUCACGGAGACACUCUCAUCGGCGCUAUUCACGGUCCAGAUCGCGUUCCCACUCACACCGAAGGCGAUCCCGCAGCAGAUCUUAUACGCCCGAGUAUCGAUCGCGGAGAAGGAGCCGUAGUCAUUCACCAAUGUCUAGCCGAAGGCGCCAUGCAGGAAGUAGAACGGGCCAUGUGUCGGCGAAACACGGAGGAGCAUUGAUAGUAGAUGUGGAGAAGUCUGCUGCCCGGACUGCCCCGUCAUCCCAGAUGAAGGAUGAUUCCUGGAGGCGAGCAGGAUAUGGGAAGAAAGAAGGCAAACUCGGUUCUCAAAACGCAAAUCCAGAUCCAAACACCUGCCUCGGUGUUUUUGGCCUUAGUUUGUACACAACUGAGCGGGAUCUUCGCGAAGUGUUUUCUCGUUAUGGACCAUUGGCGGGUGUCAAUGUUGUCUAUGAUCAGCGGACUGGCCGUUCAAGAGGAUUUGCCUUUGUUUACUUUGAGAGAUUAGAAGAUGCUAAGGAGGCAAUGGAACGUGCUAAUGGGAUGGAAUUAGAUGGUCGGCGAAUUCGUGUAGAUUAUUCUAUUACAAAGAGGCCCCAUACUCCUACACCUGGCAUCUACAUGGGAAGACCAACCCACAGCAGCGGAGGCGGUGGUGGUGGUGGUGGUGGUGGCGGCGGAGGAGGUGGAGGUCGUCGCCGAGAUUCAUAUUACGAUCGAGGCUAUGAUAAAUAUGAUCGCUAUGAUGAUCGAGACUACGAUUAUCGGUACAGUAGACGACGAUCUCCAUCACCUUACUACAGUAGAGGAUACAGAUCGCGCUCCAGGUCUCGUUCCUAUUCACCACGUCGUUACUGACCCAGACUCUACUGCUUGCUGGACAACUGUCUGAAGAUUUUUAAUCAAUGUGUUACGGCAAAUUUUUUUUUUUUGAGGGUGGUGGGGUUACGAUUUUGGUAGUUGUGCAUGAUAGUUUCUGUGGCUAUAUAACUGCUUUGGAAAGCCAUUCUAAAAGCUACUUGCUUGAACUGAUUUAUGUAGUUCAUAACUUGAUGUAAGGACACGACAGGGCUGGAAUUUAAUGGUGAUCUUUUAAUUACCAAGCGCAGGUUGUUUUUGAACAUGCAAAUGCCAAUAUUCAUUAGUUUUGUCCUGGUGUUUGACUUUGUCAUGAGAUUGUAUUUGCUGUUUGAAGCUCUCCUAGAGUUCUGUUAUUUUUUAUUGAAAUAAAACCAAUGUAAUCCGUCAAAAGAUCAGUAUAUACAUUUUACAAAAUAACUUGAAAAUGUACAAAAUAGUAGAUUGUUGGAAUGUCAUUUUAGGAAGAUACUUCAGAGAAAACGGAUUCAAGUCUUGGAAUUUACUAUUCCAUAUGGGUAAUAGCGAGCGCUGAAUUUUUGCCCUAGGUUGAAAAUGUGAUGCGAUGGAACUCUGUAACAAAGUGUCUUCACAGUUGUAAGGAUUAUAAGAAUUAAAUUUUUUUUAGUUAAUGGUGUAUUUCUAUAUUUUGGCCUGCAAUAUAGUCCCUGCAUAUUGACCAUCUGCUAUAAUGUACAAAAGCUUACUGAAUAUUAAAAAUGCCUCCUGAAUUGGCAGUACGAAGAA